AUGAGUUCGAGGUGUCUCAACGACGACACUUUUGGGCCCGGUGUGGAAGGAUGCCGUGGUAACUUCGACUUCACUCUUCGGUUCGAAAGGAUCUUUCUUGCCAUCAUUCCCGCAGCUGUCUUCGCUGCCCUCUCAUUACCUCGCAUCGCGUAUCUUUCCAACAAGCCGCGCAUCGUCGGCGCCAAGUUUGUUCAAUCAAUAAAACUGGCCACAAUCGCAGUGUUUGCAACACUGCAAUCCGUGCUUCUCAUUCUCCAGACAACCACCAAUGGAUCCAGAGUCGAUGGAUUCGCCGUGUCGGCGUCGGCUCUCUCAUUCGUCGCCGCUUUAUUCAUGCUCGCCUUGUCCUACCUUGAGCAUUCGAGAGCACCCCGGCCAUCAAUACUACUGACGGCUUAUGUCUUCCUCCAAGUCCUCUUCGACAUCGCACAGACAAGGACGUCUUGGUUGAUGGCCAGGACCUUCUCGACCCAACUCUUCGCCCGGCUGUUCACAACAUCUCUAGCUGUGAAGAUCGUCAUCCUCCUCAUUGAAGCUCAAAAGAAGACUCGAUGGAUUCGCUGGACGGCGGACGAGCACAGCCCCGAGGAGACGAGCGGUCUCUUCAGCCUUGGAGUCUACUGGUGGCUCAAUCGCCUGUUCCUUCACGGGUAUCGCAACGUUCUUUCGGUCCGUGAUUUGUAUUCUCUUGACCAAGGCAUGAUUGCCGAGACGAUGCAAAUCACACUAGAUCAAGAGCUCGAGAAGGGCACCUAUCGCGGGCAGAGGUACGGGCUCGCCAAGGCUCUUGCUAAAGCUCUGGCUGUACCAUUGCUUCUACCGGUAGCCCCGCGAAUCGCACUGAUUGGGUUCAACUUCAGUCAGCCUUUCUUCAUCCAGAGCCUCCUCGUGCAUCUUCAGGAUCCUGAGGCGCCCAAAAAUACCGGCUAUGGUCUCAUUGGCGCUGCAGCCAUGAUCUACAUUGGCAUUGCUGUCUCCACUGCGCUCUACAACUACUUCUCGCAGCGAUCUCUUUACAUGUCCCGUGGCUGCUUGUCCGCAGUGAUUUACAAGAAAACGACAGAGGCCGAUAUCACUGCAUCUGGUGAUGCAGCCGCUGUCACGCUAAUGAGUACCGACAUCGAACGCAUCAUCCGCGGUUUCUACGGCCUGCACGAGUUCUGGGCCAAUCUCAUUGAAGUGGCCCUCGGCUGCUGGCUGCUGGAGCGUCAGCUAGGCGUUUCCUUCAUUGCCCCUAUCCUCGUCAUUCUGGUGUGCGCUGGAGUGAUGGUCGUCGCUGCGAAUUUCACGGGCGAACGACAGGCUCGAUGGAUGAACCAGAUCCAGAAGCGCGUCGGUCUCACUGCCAACGUCAUUUCCAACAUGAAGUACUUGCGGAUCUCCGGCAUCACAGCACCCGUCGCUGAGUUCGUACAGAAGAUGCGUGUCGAGGAGAUUCACUACGGUACCCAGUUUCGAUGGAUGCUCCUUGUCACCGCGUUGGCAGCACUGGCGCCCAACAUGAUUUCCCCGGCAAUCACCUUUGCAUUCGCCGCCUCCCGCCUCGACACUACCACCAUCUUCACAUCAUUCUCGUUCUUGGUAUUGCUCAAUGCGCCCUUGGGUCAAUUGUUCCAGAUGGUUCCCUCCGUCAUAGCUGGCUUCACCUGUCUCGAUCGCAUCCAGAAAUUUCUCGAGGCGAACUCUCGUGUCGAUUUCAGACAAUCGUCCCUUUCAUCGGGGUCAAAUGACAGAACUUCGGACGACACCACAUUCAGGGAUAACCUGGAGGGUAUUCCGUUGAGGCCGCUGGACAAAAUCAGGCGCCAAAGUUUAGAUAGCAAGGGUGCGGCUGCCUCAAUCUUUAUCGUCGAUGGAAGCUUUGGGUGGACUGCCGACAAGACGGUUCUCCGCGACAUUACUGCCACGAUCCCCUCGUCUCAGCUCACCAUCGUCGUUGGACCUGUCGCCUCUGGAAAGUCAACACUCUGCAAAGUUCUCCUUGGGGAGGUGCCUUUCAGCAGUGGUCUGGUAUCCGUCCCAUCACAAACCGCGGCCAUCGGCUACUGCGAGCAGACGCCCUUCCUGUCAAACGGCUCUGUCAAGGAUAACAUCGUCGGCUAUUCCAAUUUCAACCAGGCCAGGUACGAUGAAAUCAUCGAGGCAUGCAUGCUUCAGACGGAUCUGCUACUCCUCCCAUACGGCGAUGACACCAAGAUUGGCAGCAAUGGCAUCAUGCUCAGUGGUGGUCAGAAACAGCGUGUGUCUUUAGCUCGUGCUCUAUAUCUCAACUGUGACCUCAUGAUCUUCGACGACAUUCUCAGCGGUCUUGACAACGAUACGGCUGGGGAGGUUUUCAGACGGGUCUUCGGGCUGGACGGUAUCAUUCGACGGCGUAAGGCAACGGCUGUCCUGUGUACACAUGCCAUCAAAUAUCUGCCCCUAGCCGACCACAUCAUUGCUCUCGGAACGGAUGGUACGCUGGUUGAGGAGGGAACUUUCGCAGACUUGAUGAGAGACAAGAAGUACGUCGCCAGCCUCGGCGUCUCAGCCACAGACUCCGAUACCGAGUCAGAAAGUGGCGAUACCUCUACCGCCAAGGACAAGGCUGCGCCGGGCUCCCGACCCAAGCGUCCACCAGCCGUCGCGGCAGAACUGAUGGAGAAGUCAAGACAAACUGGUGACGUCAAAGUCUACGUGCACUACUUCAAAAGUCUGAAUCUUUAUGCCGUGGCCGUCUUCUUUGUUGGCUGUGCCUUUUACUCCGUCUGGAAUACUUUCCCAACCAUUUGGAUGAAGUUUUGGACGGAAGACAGCCUCCACAAGAGCAGCGCGUACUAUGCUGGUUUGUUUGGAAUGUUCAAGAUCUUCCAGCUCUUGUCUCUCUUGAUUGCCGGUAUUGCUCAGCUCAUUUGGAUGACUUCGUCCUCUGGCACAAUCCUGCAUCAACAAGCCCUGAAGACUGUCAUCAACGCACCCCUCAGCUUCUUCACCUCGACUGAUUCCGGCGUCGUCACCAACCUGUUCUCGCAGGAUAUGACCCUCAUCGACAAUGAGCUGUCCAACGCUCUGCUCAACGCUGUCAUCUCUGGCUUUGACGCCGUGGCCAUGGGGGCUGUCAUUGCCGUCGCCUCGCCGUUUAUGUCCAUCAGUUACCCCUUGGUCAUUGCACUCUGCUGGAUUGUUCAGAAGUUCUACUUGCGAACGUCUCGACAACUCCGUUUGCUGGAUCUCGAGUCAAAGAGCCCGCUCUACACUCACUUCCUCGACACCAUCAAGGGUGUCGCUACGAUUCGUGCUUUCGGUUGGACGAAUAGAGACAUUGCACACAACCAGCAACUUCUCGACACUUCCCAGCGCCCCGCCUACCUUCUCGCCAUGAUCCAGCAAUGGCUUGUCGUCGCUAUGCACCUCAUGGUCGCAUUUAUCGCCGUCAUUCUUGUUGCACUCGCCACACAGUUGAGGACCAACUCAGGUUUCACCGGUGCUUCCUUGGUUACUCUCAUGUCGUGGGGUGAGACUAUUGCCAUGCUGAUUCGCUUCUACACGCAACUCGAGACAUCAAUCGGCGCGGUUGCUCGUAUCAAGACCUUUGCCGAGAAGGUCAAGCCGGAGAGCCUGGAAAGUGAAGACAUUGAGCCCUCGGAAGAGUGGCCUGAAAAUGGCAAUAUUGACCUUCGAGGUGUCUCUGCCUCUUACAGCGGGAAAUCAUCUCUCAUCCUCCUACUCCUUCGUCUUUUAGACCCCGUCUCUACCACAUCGCAAAAUAUCGAGAUGGACGGCCUCCCCUUCCACCGCAUCGACCGCUCAACCCUCCGUCGACGCAUCAUCGCAGUGCCUCAAGACCCAGUCUUCCUCCCCGACGGUACAACAGUGAAGUACAACCUCGACCCCUUCAACUCCUCCUCGGACGCCGACUGCCUAUCCGUUCUUCGCACCGUACAGCUCUCCGGCUUCGUCGAGGAGCGCGGCGGCCUGCACGAAGGCAUGACCGCGGAUAGUCUCAGCGCAGGCCAAAAGCAGCUCUUCAGCCUCGGAAGAGCCAUCCUCCGACGACGCGUCAAGGACGCCAAGUACAAGAAGCGCAGCGGUGGUAUCCUGCUGCUGGAUGAGGUCAGUUCCAGCGUCGAUCAUGCGACCGAUCGGUUGAUGCAGGAAAUUAUCAAGGAGGAGUUCGGGCGGUACACCAUUGUCAUGGUGUCUCACCGCUUGGACAUGGUGAUGGACUUCUUUGAUGCGGUCAUUGUGAUGGACAAGGGGAGGGUUGUUGAGACGGGUAGCCCGAGUAAGCUGGUCGAAACCGAGGGGAGUCGGUUCGGUGAGCUUUGGGCCAUCGAGAACCAAGGGAGGUCCAGGGAGUGA